AACUGCGCAUUGCAUAUUCAGCUAACAACUAUUUAACACCGACGUUUUAUAACUUUACUCAACACAUUUCGAACAGCUCUAAGUGAACAAAUAUUGGAAUAUUUAGAUCUGACAAAGAAAACGAACAAAAUGUUUAAAAUAAUUGUCGCUUUGUCAAUUGUGUGUCAUCAUGUGCAAAGUAAAUGUAAAACAGAAAGUGGAUGUCGGAACGUGGCUUUGCCUCUCAUGGAUAGCAAUUUAGAAGCGACACUAACAGCAAACAUUAACACUGAUAAGUUAAACGAACAACUUCAAACUUAUAUAGCACAGGAAAUCAAACAAGGCAACCAUGGGUUUGUCACCAACGUCACCACCGAAACACUGAAAGGAGCUUUAGGAAAUCUAACUAGGAAAAUAGAUACUCAAAUUAAUUCUUUGGAGACUAAGAUUGUCCAGCAAAACACCGAAAUCAAUCGUUUAAAAGCAAAAGAUAGUCCAAGGGGUACCUAUAUCAGGUGGGGGAGAACAGUAUGCCCAGGAGGAGCGAACAUUGUAUACGAUGGUACAGCUGCCGGGAAACAUUAUGGCGAUAAAGGAUCUGGGGCUAAUUACCUGUGCUUACCAAACAAUCCAGAGUGGAAUGAAUACGUAGAUGGAACAAACGGAGAAAAAGGUCAUUUGUACGGUGUGGAAUACGAAAUAUCAGGAAACACACCGUAUCCCAGAAGUUUACACAGUGAGAUUACACCAUGCGUGGUAUGUCUUGCCUCAAGGUCUACAGUGCUUAUGGUUCCGGCAAAACGUACUUGCAAUCACGGCUGGCAUAAGGAAUUUUCAGGAUACCUUAUGUCUUAUAUGAGCACCAGCGGUAGAACUCCGACAGAAUAUAUUUGUGUUGAUGAGACUUUGCAAUCACGUGGUCAUGGUAGUAGCCAAGCUGAAUUAUAUCCGGUGGAAGCUAUUUGUGGAAGUUUAAAAUGUCCGCCGUAUGUCAAAGGGAGAGAGAUUACCUGCGUUGUUUGCUCAAAAUAAAACAUUUUUUCUUUCUA